AUGACAGCGACGGGAAGGAGAUGCCGACGACGGCAAAGAGAUGACGGCGACGUAACUCCGGCGGCGGCAGAAAGAACAAACUCCGGUAAGAAAAUGACAUCGAGUGAAAGAGAAGAUCGAAGGCAACGAGGGUUUGAGUGGGAGGUACUCUUUGACGAAGAUGAGGAAAUUGUCGAGGUUGGUGGAUCCGUUGGCUCAUUAGUUGGGUUUUAUGGGCUUGCUGGCUAUUACAUUGAUGCCAUUGGUGUGUAUCUAAAAGCCUAUGAGGAAAUCAUACGGGUUGGAACAUGGGGGAAAAAUGAACCUGGAACUCCGCAAAAUGUUUGGUCCUUCCAACUUGAGAAAAAACAUCAUCUGAAGAAGAUCACCAUUGAUCAUGGUGAUCUGAUAUACUCUCUCAUCUUCACCACACAAUGUGGAGACUCAACACAUACUACUGCAAAGUUUGGUGGUUGGAAUGGUGGAGAGACAGUUUCUGAGGUAAUAUUUGAAGCUGACGAGGAAAUAACAGGCAUCAGUGGAACAAGUGCAUUAUCAAGGGGAAGUGUUCCUGACUUACCUAUAAUAUCAUCAAUAUCAUUCAUCACAAACAAGAAAACUCAUGGACCUUUUGGUAACGUAAGAGGAACGCCUUUCCCUGUACCAUGGGAUGGUGGUUCUUUUGUUGGAUUUUACGGGCUUGCUGGCUAUUAUCUCGAUUGCAUUGGUGUCUAUUUGAAAGCUUGA